AUGGUUGUUCAUGGUUGACAAAUUUGGUGUUAUGUAGUUAAGAUGCAAGCACAAGGGGUGGCUCCUCCUGACAUGAUAUGCAAAGACCAGUUUUUAGUUCAGAGCACAGUUGUUCCUGCAGGGACCAGUGAUGAUGAUAUUACUACUAGCAUUUUUGCCAAAGAUGAUGUCAGAUACGUUGAAGAGAACAAGCUAAAAGUGGUCCUUGUCAGUCCCCCCAAUUCUCCGGUACUUUCACCAAUCAAUAGAACAUUGAAACAGGUGCCAGCUUAUGAACCUUCAAUACUGAAAGAUCAAGUGCCGAGGAAAGUCAAAAGCCUUACCCAACGUCACACGGUUACUGAGGAUGUGGAGUCCAAAGUAGAAAAUAGUGAGGAGGUAAAUUCAGCAAAGAAUUUAGAGUAUAAAACAAGGAAGGAUGCGGAUGAGCCUUUAAUGGAUGUCGGGUAUAAAACAAGGAAGGAAAUGGAUGAGCCAAGAACAGAUGUAGAGCAUAAAACAAGGAUGGAUGUGGAUGAGCCAAUAACAGAUGUAGAACAUAAAACAAGGAAUGAUAUGGAGGAGCUGAAGUUGGUUAAAGAUGUUUCGGAAAUGAAGUCAAAACUAAAUGGACUUGAAUCAAAACUAAGUGAGGAUGAGAAUGCCUGCCAGUUGAGGAAAAAAUGGAAUAGAGAUUAUUCUUUUUCUUUUUCUUCCUCCGGCUCGGACUCGGAUUCAGCUUAUUCUUCAAAGGAAAAGGGCAGUAAAAAUGGAAAAUUGCAAAAUAAGUUUCAGAAGGUGACAGAUGACAUUAAGGAAGAACUUCAAGUGGCUGACUUGAAAAGGAAGUUGGCAGAAACUACCGAAGAGCUUUUAGAAAUUCAUCCCCGUGAACUCAAGUUCAUAUUUGAAUUGAAGAAGCAGUCAACGUGCUCUGUUCGACUCUUCAAUAAGUCCAACAACCAUGUUGCGUUUAAGGUUAAAGCUACAUCUCCAAAAAAAUAUUCCGUGCGACCGAACAGAGCCAUUAUUAAGCCAAAAUCAACUUGUGAAUUCACUGUUAAGAUGCAAGCAGAAAGGGUGGCUCCUCCUGACAUGAUAUGCAAAGACCAGUUUUUAGUUCAGAGCACAGUUGUUCCUGCAGGGACCAGUGAUGGUGAUAUUACUCCUAGCAUUUUUGCCAAAGAUGAUGUCAGAUACGUUGAAGAGAACAAGCUGAAAGUGGUCCUUGUCAGUCCCCCCAAUUCUCCGGUACUUUCACCAAUCAAUAGAACAUUGAAACAGGUGCCGGCUUAUGAACCUUCAAUACUGAAAGAUCAAGUGCUGAGGAAAUUCGAAAGCCUUGAAUCAAAACUAAAUGAACUUGAAUCAAAACUAAGUGAGGCUGAAGUUAUCAUUUCAAAACUAACAGAGGAGAGGAGAUUGAAUGUUCAAGAGAGGGAAAGUUUAUGGCAAGAAUUGGCUUUGUUGAUGAGCAAGAGAGUUGUACGAAAAGUUUAUGCCCUCCUUUUAGCAUGAAGAAUGUCUAGGAGAUUCAAUAUAUGCCUGCCUCUACAUGAGAGAAUUGUUUAUAUAACCAGAGGUUGUUGAUAGAAGAAGACAUAGACCACUAAAAUUCCCUUCUUUUGGUGCCUUUUUGUGGCUUUUGUCACUUUGCAACUU